AUUUUUCAUGCAUUUCCUCUUGAAAAGGAAUUGCUUUCCAUAUGUGCUGACAGAAUAUUUUUCUUUCCUUCUGUGGCGUAACAGUCACAUAAACAGUUAGCCAGAGUUUGGGCUGCAGAUCGUGUUAUGACUUCCAGACCUGAAACAGAUGAAUCCACAGUGCCAAAAAAGUUAUGUCAUGUUCAGUUGGAUAAAUCAGCAUGUCCCUGUAUCCCAGUUCGCUCGUUAAAAUAAUACAGAUCAGAAGUAGUUUAACCACAUCUCCCAAUCAGUGCAGGAUUUACUGCUGCCGUUUUUGCAAUAGGGUUAGCUUAGUUUCUGUAUUUAUUUAUUGUGCAAUGCAGUUUGACAGUGUCUGUGUGUGUGUGCGUGUGUGUGUGUGUGUGUGUGCGUGUGUGUGCGUGUGUGCCUGUGUGACUUACGUCUUUUCUUGGAAGCGAGGCCUAGUUUUCAUUUAGUGAAUCUAACAAGAUCCCAACCUGUGCUGUUUUCAUGCGAGCUAUGUUCUGAGAUUCUUUUGUUUCUCAUAAAUACUCUUGAUUGAAUAUGCACCACAUUUCAUAACGCCAGAUAAAAGUGUUUUUUUUUUCUGAAUGUGUUGGCAGAGUAUUUUUAGACUCUAAAUUUUUUUUAUUUUCCAUGCUUUCAGGCGUAUUUGUCUAAAAAACAUGUUGAAUAAUUACAGGACCAGCCCCAUGAUUGCAGUGUGUUGCAUUUUUCAUCUAAGUUAAAGAUGCGACUUAAAAUGGAAAGUAAACUAAUGGUUGCAAACCCAAUUUUCUGGAGGACCUUUUCUCUAAAUGAAUGCACCAGGCUCAGAUUGUUAGUAGAGGGUCUUAGACAAAAUGGGUUGCAGAUAAGCCAGGGGACGUUGCUGUAAAAGUAACCAAGAGACGUAUUAGAGACCAACUCAAAAAAUGUUUAAAUUAUGCCUGGUUCAUAAUAGCUCAGCAUGAGGAAUGGAUAGCACAAAAAGGUCAUGUCAAGUUUAAAAUGAAGUCAGAAGCUCAUGCAUGCUGGCUGAUAUUUCACUGCUCGCCUAUGAUUCGUCUUACUUUUAUCUGUACUCUUGCUUUUCUGAACGUGACUGGAAUGAUGGCCGUGUGACUAAGUUUCAGUCUCCAUGUGUUUCUUUCAUUCUCCGGUUUAAAAACACUUCCAUGACCGAGUGAGCAUUUGAUCGUGCUUUAUUUGCAGGCAGAUGAAUCACCUGUUCUGUUUCUGAAGGAGAGCUGUGGGAAUGUCCACUGGUUAACAGUUAAUCAAAUGCUGCAGCAGAAAGCUCCAUUAGAAGAGCGGAUGGAUUCCGCAUUGUUUUUCUAAUCAUUUCCACUCUUUCAAUGGGGAAACAGCAGUAAAUUUUACAGAGGCUGUGUAAAUGUUCUAAGCAGGAGCUGGUUUUCCAGCACACUAAGCUUCGUAAAUGACGAUUUUGCCAUUAUUUUCGAACAAAGGCAUUUGAAGUCCAGUAUGUUCCUCCUCUGAGACACUACGCUAAAGCGGGAGACAGCUGCAUUCGGGACGCUUUUAAAUUCAUUGUGUGUGAAGUCAUGUCCAUGUCGGUUAUAGCUCAACACGGUCUUAAUUUCAAACUGGAUGUCGCUCUAUUGUUAGUUCAACUGUUUUUACAAAUGCUCUUAAAUAAUUUUCUACAUGAUGUUCCAAGCGUUCCCCCCCCCAUCUUUUUAAUGUUUUUUCCCCGACUACCGAGAGGUCACCAGUUGUGCGGCCCACAUGCCUUCCUUCCUGUCUCAGCCCCUCUCUCUGAUCACAUGUAAAAUGUUCCUCCGGCAGAUUGUGGUUUGGUGCCGACUGGAGCUUACAAUGAUCUCAUGAGGUUUUGUUUUAUUGUUUUAAUACGCGUGCUAUGCUGGUUUUUGGGCAAGAAACUCUGGAAAGACCGAUAAACAAAAGAGCUUGCGGUCUCUAACAGGGAAAGUCAGAGGAACCUUCAGGAAAGACAGGGAAGUCGGAGGAUAAUAAUCCGUGAGAAUGAAGGUUCGUCGCAGGAGAAAUAGCAAUUUGGAUGAUGACUCAGGGGCCACCCGGGAUAGACCACCUUUGCUAAACUUUGGGGGAAAAGACAAUCCGAGGGAUUACAAGAGUGGGCAGAGGGGCACAGAAGAGAGUGCAAAGCUUUCAUGGAAUCACAUUCCAGGACAAAACCGUUGGCCGACUGCUGUCAUAGCAGCAGGAUUACUGUUGGCAGGGGUUAUUGGGCUGUUUCAUGCAUGGUGUGUUUAUUCUAUACACGAAAACCUGCUGUGGUUUUCACAGUUAAAGGAAGUUGAGCGUGAAAUCUCCUUCCGGACAGAAUGCGGCCUUUAUUACUCCUACUACAAACAGAUAUUGAAGGCACCUUCUAUACAGCAAGGUUUUUAUGAGCUUAUUCAUGACAACACUACUGAAUCAAAGAGAACAAUAAACAUCCUUCAGCGUAUGAAUAUCUACCAAGAAGUGUUCCUUGGCGUUUUGUACAGAAUACUUCCCAUCCAGACCUACUUGGAACCAAUUUAUUUCUACAUCUACACAGUGUUUGCUUUGCAGACAGUGUAUGUCAUCGCCCUCUUUAUCACUAGUUGGCUACUCAGUGACUCCUGGCUGGCCGGAGCCCUCAGUGGAGUCUGGUACAUUCUCAACAGAGUGGACACCACACGCGUGGAGUUUACCAUCUCUCUGAGGGAGAACUGGUCGAUACCUUUCUUUGCUCUUCAGGUGGCUGCCAUAACCUGCUACUUACGGCCACAGCUAAAACCUAUUCACCAGAGGGUAGUGCUGUGGCUGGUAUUCGUCUCUACCUUCUGCUUCUGUUUGACAUGGCAAUUCAAUCAGUUUGUCCUGCUGGUGCAGGCCCUUAUAAUCUUUACCAUGGAUUGCCUGGACUUCCUUACAGCGGAACAGGUGGUUUCUCUGUACCUGAUGCAGGUAUUGAGCCUGUUAUUGGUGUGGUUACUGCAGUUCUGCAAUUCUAUGAUUCUGGGCUCUCUGGUGCUCAGCUUCAUUGUGUCUGCCCUCUUCAUCAAACACUUCCAGACGGGACUAAAGACGGGCGGCUUUGUCAUGCGAGUAGGAAAACUGGCUCUUCACACACUCCUAGUCCUCACAUUAACUUUCUCCAUCAAUUAUUCAGCCAAGAAAAUACUCCAGCUGAAAUCCGACGAGCACAUCUUUAAGUUCAUAAAGGCCAAGUUUGGCUUCGGGGCAACGAGAGACUUUGAUGCCAGUCUCUAUCUGUGCGAAGAGGCUUUUGGCUUGUUGCCAUUGGAUACAUUUGAGCGGUUGGCUGGCACAGUGCUGCUCUAUCCGUAUCUGUGCACCCUCAGCGUGCUCUUCAUCUUGCUGCUGCUGGUGGCGCUCUCUAAUCUCAGCACGAAUGGGUCAGGCCAAGCAAGCAGGGAGAAAGAGGACAGGACCUUUAGGAUGCGUUCAGACGUUGCAUACAAUCUCUUGCACACCGUCUUCUUCGGGCUGCUCGCCUUUUCCACUAUGAGGAUGAAAUAUUUGUGGACUGGCCAUAUGUGUGCUUUUGCUGCUUUCGGGGUCUGUGGUAAGGAGGUGUGGUCGUUGUAUCUGAGGGUCCUUCACCUCAACACCAAAACCAUGAUGAGACUGAUCAGGUACUCUGUUCCUAUUGUAAUACUGGCGUUUCUGUAUUACAAGUUCUGGCCCAGACUGAUGGAGGAGAUUUCUGAGCUGAGAGAGUUUUAUGACCCAGACACUGUGGAGCUAAUGGAGUGGAUCAGAUUGAAGACGCCCAAACGAGCAGUGUUUGCAGGCAGCAUGCAGCUGUUGGCGGGAAUUAAGCUGUGUACUGGGAAAGUAUUGACAAACCAUCCACACUACGAGGACCAGGCACUGAGAGAGAGGACCAGACAGGUAUAUCAGAUCUAUGCGCGUCGGUCUGCUGAAGAGGUUUAUAAAGUUCUCUAUUCGGUUGGAGCGGACUACAUCGUGCUGGAAGACAGCAUCUGCUAUGAGCGCAGGCACAGCCGUGGUUGCAGGCUGAGGGACCUGCUCGACCUGGCAAACGGACAUAUCAUGGACGGCCCAGGUGAAAAUGAGCCGGACCUCAUCCCGGCGACUCACCCGCGGUUUUGUGAGGCCAUUAAGACCGACAUGCCUCCGUAUUCAACCCUCUUCACGCGAGUGUUCAAAAACAAGACAUUUAACGUGUACAAACUCAAGAAACACAAGAAGAAAAACAAAACUGAGAACGGUCCGUAAUGCUCAUUCCUCAACAGCAGUCUCCCGUCUUAACUGGAUACGUGAACGCCCCCACCUGGAAUGUUCAAUGAGUGUGUGAUAGUAGCAGGUGUGUGUGUGUGUGUGUGUGUGUGUGUGGCUGCGUGCAUGAGAGAGAUUGGAGAGAUGCCUGAUUGAGCCAGCACGCACUAGAUGAUUUGGUGCGUGUUUGUGUGUGUAAAUCUGCUCUGAGCCGGUCUGCCGCAACAGGAGCUCAAGUUUAACGUGGAGAGACGGGGGGAAAAGCUUUUUUUCUCACAGUCUGUCGCACCCCUCACUCUCUCUCUCUCUCUGAUCAUCGCAUCGCUUUCGACACAUGCCCUUCCACCAAACACACAUUUAUGCUCUUUCACACACAAUAUGAACUAAAGACGCGACAACUGCUUUCACAGCCUCAUUCCUGUCGCACUUCUAACAAAAUGAAAUGAGGAAAUAGCAAUGGGUAACAAUGCUUUGUAAUUGGAAUUCACAAGAGCGGUUUGGGGUAAUUAGUGGCUGUGGCAGUGUUGUCUUUAAAUCUGCCAAACUGUUGGCUGGUGUUAAGUUGGGCCACAUCCAGCUGUUCGGCUGUGUAAAAACAAAAAAAAAAAAUAAUCUGAAUAACCAGCCUCAUUCAUGGGCAUAUAGAAAGUGCCAUAAAAACUUCUAAGAAUAAAUUGUAAGAAUAAAUGUCACGAAAUCUACUUUUACCUAGAAAUUGUGAAUUAUGUUGGAUUCUUUUGGAUUCUACUGUAUAUGUUUUGUGCAUUAGUUGUGUAAGUAGGAGGCCAUCACGGACACUAUAUAUGGUUAAAAAGAGUUUAGACAUUUGACAUUGUAAACAAGCAGGGGCAUUAAAGGAUUAGUUCACUCAUAAAAUGAAAAUUAGGCUUUGUUUUACUAAACUUCAUAGCAUCUUAGUUUUAUGUGACUUUCUUCUUUCAGAAGAAUCUAAUCUGAGAUAUAUUGAAGAAGAAAAAAAAAACUAUCGUGUUUUAUUACGGAUGCACAUACUUUAUCUUCUGAAGUGUAUACAACAAACGCCUGCUUAGUUUCAUGGAAAGGCUCAGAGAGACCUGGACAAAUUUUUAUAUAACGCUGACUGGAUUCGUCUGACAGUAGAAAGUCGCAUACUCCUAGGAUACUUCGAAAAAUAAAACACAGGCUAAUUUUCAUUUUUGAGUAAACUAACCCUUUAAAUUUAGUAUGUUUUAGGAUGAAUAACAGUUGAAAUGUUAUUAAAGGUUAGACGUAUUCCAUGGCAUUUCCUAAAUUGUGAAGUUGUAGUUCAGUUGAAAUAUUAAUUUAGUCGUUUUAAAACGUGGUUAAAGAAUAUUGAUCGGUCAACAAUGUUAUGAUGCUAAUUUUUCCUUCUUGAGCUCUAAAGGAAGAGCCUUUAGUGUAUGAAAGUGCCUUUCCAUUUUUGGAUAAGCUCUGCUGCGCUAACGACUCAUGCAUUCAAAAGAUCUUCAAAUGAGUGGCCUUAAGUGCUACCAAAAUUUACCUACCUUCAAUCUUUGCUGCUGUGUUUUUUCUUCCCCAGAAUAUUGGAUGAAUAUCUUUGUACAGAGGUACAAAUCCGUUUUGAAUAACUUUAAAGUGUUUAAGGAUAAACAUGGUGUUUCUUUUCUGCAAAUUCGGUUUGUAGCACGAGGGCUCCUCUGUGACAUUCUGUGAUUGUAUUAUAACAUGUUGUUAUCUUACCUGUCAGACGACUUUCAUGUAAACCUUUGCUUCACACAGCAUCUCUGUCACAACACAUUGUUCCUCAGGCGAUGAUCUUUAUGGAGCUGUGUGCUUUGAUUUCAUAUGCUGACAUUGUUUAACUGUAAGAGUUGUUUGGUACGGUUCAUUGCACUAGUUUGUUACUGUGGUAUUUCACGCAGAGGGAUUGUUCCCAUUUGUGUCAAAAGUGUUGAUUUGUUUUUGGAUGUUCAGUGUUCGCUUCCAUUUUUAUAUUAAAGCAGAUUUGUAUGGUG